GUGCUGCUGCCAGCAAAAGCUACUGUCAAUCUUAAUCCAGACUCGAACGCAACGGACAAAAGUUUCGUGGCACAUUUGUAAUUAGCGAACAAAGACGUGUUUACGGUUAGCUGCAUUUUCUGCCGUUUAGCUGCCAACAAACAACCACAGCGACACCACACAAGCUUCUCCUCCAUUGCUCUUCUCUCAGGAUACGGCAAUCUCACGCCUCCAGGAAUAUUAGCAGAAUUCAAGGUAACGCUUUUCGAGAAUAGGGAAUUGUCUGUGUGUCCUAAAGGAAGCAAUGGGAUCCGAGGGGACAAAACAGACAGUAACAAUUCAUGUGACGGGAUUCAAGAAAUUUCAAGGGGUUGCGGAGAAUCCUACCGAGUUUAUUGUCAAUAACUUAAGAAGCUAUGUCGAAAAGAGAGGAUUGCCUGCUGGUGUCAAAUUAGGAAGUUGCCUAGUUCUUGAAACUGCUGGAGACGGUGCACUUCCAAUGCUUUACAAGGUCUUGGAGUCUGUGGUCCCUGUGGACGGUAGUUUGAGUGAUGAACGAGUUGUUUGGCUUCACCUGGGUGUAAAUAGUGGUUCACUGAAAUUUGCCAUUGAACAGCAAGCAGUAAAUGAGGCCACUUUUCGUUGCCCUGAUGAACUUGGAUGGCAACCUCAGCAACUGGUCAUAGUUCCUGGAGAUGGAGGAAUAACUCAAACUAGAAAGACAUCUUGCUCUGUUGACGCAAUUCUACAGUACUUGAAGAAGAAGGGCCACGAUGUGACGAUAUCUUAUGAUGCAGGCCGUUUCGUUUGUAAUUAUGUAUACUAUCAUUCUCUCCGUUUUGCAGAGCAGAAAGGCCAUACGUCUCUUUUUGUCCAUGUUCCUCUGUUUUCCAAAGUUGACGAGGGGAAACAAAUGCAAUUCACACUAGCACUUCUGGAGGCUAUAGGAUCGAAUUGUUGAUAUACUAGCUUGAAUUUGACAUAUACUUUCUUGUGUUUCUGUUGUUUUCUUCUUAUGUAAUACACACUGAUGUGUAAAACAAGAAGGUUUGGCUUUCCUUCGGUUACUGA